UGAGAGCUCAACUUCCGCUGUCCUCUCAUCUCUCAACUCUCAAUCCCAAGACAAAAUAUACCUUGAGCUAGUUCUAGCUGUUUGCUGGUGAACCUUAACUUCUCCCUUUGUCUCUCCUAUAUAUGUAUGACAUUAUCUGUGAGAUGCGUAAUGUGUGCAAGAAAAAAUGGGUACCAACAAUUCUUUCUUUGCUUCAGUUUUGCUUUCACUACUCGUGCUACAUUUGUGUUUGCAACAUGAUCUAGUUGAAGGUGCUGAAAGAGAAGCCCUGGAAAUAAUCAUUGGUGGUGGCGGCAGCUACAGCCCUCCUCCUGCUCCCUCCCCCGAAUACGAAGAAUGCCCUCCCCCUCCGCCUCCUCCUUGCCCACCGCCACCUCCAUCACCACCACCGCCAUCACUUCCACCACCUCCAUCACCGCCGCCACCAAAACUCCGUCCGUCUCCACCACCACCAUCUCCAUCACCGCCACCGCCGUCUCCACCACCACGACCACGACCACGACCACGACCACGACCACGACCACCUCCACCAUCACCACGACGAGCACACUCUCCGGUACCAGUACCAAACGACCGACUUGGAAUUGCCCUCAGAGUAAUUAAAAAGUUCAAAGACCUAAUCGGGUAUGACCCAAAAAACAUCACAGGCACAUGGGUCGGCACAAAUCCUUGCAAGUUCACGGGAUUUAAAUGUGCAAUGGUCCCUGUCUAUAACCAAAUGGCAGUCACCGAAGUUGACUUCAAUGGCAAAGGACUAGUUGGCAAACCGUUCGGUGGCAAAGAUAUAAAGCUACCCCUUGGCGGUUUCGUAGACCAGUUACCAGACUUGGUGUUUUUCCAUGCCAACUCCAACAAUUUCACAGGCUCAGUCCCGAAAGAAAUAUCCAAACUUAAAUACUUCUACGAGCUCGACCUCAGCAACAACAAGCUAACUGGGAACAUCCCAUAUGAAGUUCUAAGUGCCACAAAGUUGACAUUCUUAGAUCUCGGGUUCAACUUUUUCACUGAGCAGAUUCCUGAUGCUAUUGGCUCCUCACCAGCACAUUAUCUCACUUUUGCCAACAACCAGUUCUCGGGUCCAAUCCCAAAUAGCAUUGGCAAAGCAUCAAAAACGCUUUAUGAGGUCCUCUUCCUCAACAACAAACUCUCAGGGUGUUUGCCAUGGGAAAUCGGCAAACUUAGCCAGGCAACCUUGUUCGAUGUGAGCUCCAACUACUUAACAGGCCCAAUUCCUCAUUCCUUUGCUUGCUUGGCCAAGAUGGAGAUUCUGGUCUUGGACAAUAACCAGUUCUAUGGAACAGUGCCUGAGUUGGUAUGCAAGCUGCCCACCUUGACGAACUUGUCGAUAGCAAACAACUAUUUCACCCAAGCCGGACCCGAGUGCAGAAAACUGAUCAAGAAAGGGUUUCUCAACGUCAAGAACAAUUGUAUCUUGGACCUUAAAGAUCAAAGAUCAAAGAGUGAUUGUGCUUGGUUCUUCUCUAAGCCCAGAAACUGUCCCAACGAGCGGUCCAUGAUUUACAUUCCUUGUCAAAAUCACUAUUCAACUUCUGCCCCAUUAAGUUACGGUACUCUUAAACCGCAUAAUCCGUGAUCUUCAUGCUCUUAGGGGACUCAUUAAAGAUGAGUCACGGACUCACGGUGGGUCUUGAUCUGCUUAUGCACUUUUGAUGGAAGCAUUGACAUGCAUUCACUUGUCAAUAAUAGGAUAUGGGAUCUGAACUUAGUUGUGGCCAUUAGCAUUUCUCUAAGAUUGAAUACUUCAAUAGGCCAUCUGUCAUGGCAAAAUGCUUUGCAUAGAUGCAGAAGGAAGUUAGCUUCUGAUCCCAGCUUCCCUUAAUGCUUACUUCAUGUGGAAUCAUGAGACCAUCUAUUUCUUAGAUGUGAAGCUUCUUUAAGCUUCCAAAUUGGUUAUACUACAUUAUCUUUAAGCUCUGAGGAUUGAUUAUUAUCUACCAAUUUCAAGGCUAAGCUUGGAAUCUUUCAACUC